UCCUCGAGCAGCUGAGCUGCAGCGCGGUCGGACCGGAGGACUGGGCUGGGCUGCAGGACGAGGAGCGCUGCACGCCGUGCGCGCUCGCCCACCGUGCGCCGAUCCUCCUGCAGCUGCUGGAUCCACAAUAAUGACACCAGAGCCCGAACCAUGCCGUGGCUGAUUCUCUCCCCAUCCUGAUCCCUGGCGCACAUGCUUGACACCUCGGCGUGGACGCGGGGAGGACGAGGGAUGUAGCCGCAGCGGAUGAAGGAGGAGAGCGCAUGGGCUUCAGCUUCCCCCCCCUGAUAUCUCUACCUUUCAACGGGCUGCUUAUUUCUCCUCCACCCCGGCCAUGGAGAACCAAGGAGCCGAGCCGCACAACUAUGAAGAUGUGCAGAAGAGCGGCUACCUCCGCAAGCAUAAAUCAAUGCACCGGCGCUUCUUCGUGCUGAGGGCGGCCUCGGAGCGCGGACCUGCGCGCCUCGAGUACUACGAGAACGAGAAGAAAUUCCGCAGCAAAUCUCCCGUGCCCAAGAAAGUCCUGAGCCUGGACACUUGCUUCAACAUCAACAAGCGGGCGGACUCCAAGAACAAGCACAUGAUCGUCCUGUACACCCGCAGCGAGAGCUUUGCCAUCGCGGCGGACAGCGAGGAGGUCCAGGACGAGUGGUACCAGGCGAUGCUGGACCUGCAGUGCACCUGUAAAAGUCCCGAGGAUUACGGCAGCAGUGGGGAGUGCAGCUCUCCGUCUCCCAUUCCGACCUUCAAGGAAGUUUGGCAGGUCAAAGUUUGGCCCAAAGGUCUGGGUCACGCCAGGAACCUGGUGGGCAUCUACCGGCUCUGCCUCACGGACAAGACGGUCAACUUCGUCAAGCUCAACUCCGACGUGGCGUCCGUCGUGCUGCAGCUGAUGAACGUCCGCCGGUGCGGCCACUCUGAGAACUUCUUCUUCAUCGAGGUGGGGCGCUCGGCCAUCACGGGUCCCGGCGAGUUCUGGAUGCAGGUGGACGACUCGGUGGUGGCGCAGAACAUGCACGAGACCCUGCUGGAGGCCAUGAAGGCGCUGAGCGAAGAGUUCCGCCAGCGGAGCAAGUCCCAGUCCGUGGGGACGUCGUGCGGCGGCGGCACUGCCUCCAACCCCAUCAGCGUACCGAGCCGGCGCCAUCACCCCAACCUGCCGCCCAGCCAGGUGGGCUUCUCCCGGCGGGCGCGCACGGAGACCCCCGGCACGGGCGGCAGCACCAGCACCUCGCCCACGUCGCGCCACGGCUUCCCGCGGGCGCGCACCGCCAGCAUCGGCGCCCGGUCGGAGGAAGGUGGGGCCAGCGCCAGGGGCACCUGGGCGAGCUCCAGCCCCAGCCUGAACGGGUCCUGCUCCACCACGCCCACCCUGAGGCCCAAGCCCACCCGGGCCCCCACCCCGGCCAAGAUCACCCUCAGCCUGGCCCGCUACACCCCCAACCCGGCCCCCUCCCCCGCCCCCAGCCUGUCCUCCAGCUCGGGUCACGGAUCCGAGUGCGGCCUUGUGGGCGCGGCCGUGGGGGGCAUGACGGUCUGCUCCUACCCCCGAGUCUCCCAGAGAGUCUCCAUAUCCGGAUCGCCGAGCGACUACGGGUCGUCGGACGAGUACGGCUCCAGCCCCGGCGAGCACUCGCUGCUCCUCCCCAGCCUCGCCGGCCACCACGCGCACGGCGACGGCUCUUCCAGCUACAUCGUGAUGGGGCAGCGCGAGGGCCUGCUGGGCUCGCACCACCGGUCCAAGGGCAGGCGGAUCCUGCGGCGCUCGUCCAGCCGCGAGUGCGAGGCGGAGCGCCGGCUGCUGAGCAAGAGGGCGUCGCUGCCGGCGGCGGCGCACGAGCGCCUGACCCCCCACAGGAAGGACGAGGAGGACGAGGAUGACGAAGAGUACGCCGUCAUGUCUCAGAGCUCGGAGAGAGAGAGGGGGAACCUCCCGGUUCGGGGGGGGGCGCUCAACGUGGUCGGGGACAAAAGCCGGAGGGCGGGGGGCGCCGGCGCGGGGGUGGAUAGCGGCUACAUGUCGAUGCUGCCCGGCGUGACCUCACCCGUCUCCCUCUCCCUCUCCAUCGGGAUGCCGGACGCCGGCGCCAAACCCGGGGCGGAGGACGAGUACAUGGCCAUGACCCCCAACAGCAGCGUGUCCCCUCCCCAGCACAUCCCCCCGCCCAGCACCGAGGGCUACAUGGUCAUGUCCCCCAAUGGCAGCGGCUCGGCGGACCUGCCCGGCCUGGGCGUGUGGGAGGGCAGGGCCGGCGGCGAGAGCCGGGGGCCGGCCGGCGACUACAUGAACGUCUCACCGCUGGAUGGCCGCUCCGCCUGUAGCACCCCCCCCUCCCACCCCGAGCAGCACCCGCUGCAGCCCAAGAUGUUCAACUCCUACUUCUCCCUGCCGCGCGCCUACCAGCACACACUGUACACCCGCUUCGAGGAGGACCUGGGCAAGCAGGAUGGGAAGCAGGAGGGUGACGGCGUCGGGAGGGGAGUAGGCGGUGGCGGCGGAGGAGGCGGUGGCGGCGGAGGGGGGUACAGCAAGAAAAACAAAACAGCAGUGGGCCCAGCAGGGGGCUGCCAGCUCUCCAUGUCUUCCUCCUCCUUCUCCUCGAGCUCGGCCAGCAGCGAGAGCCUGGAGGACCGGUCCGUCUCGGCCGGGCGCGGCCUGAGCCUACCGAGGACCGGGGCGGAGUACAAGAGCGCAGGAACCUGCACCAAAGAGGGGCGCCACCACCAGAAACGGGCCUCGAGCAGCAAGAGCCCCAAGCAGCAGCGCCGGGGUCGCCCCCUCAGCGUGUCCUCGGACAUCGCCAAGGCCAACACGCUCCCCCGCGUCAAGGAGAACCUGCCGCCGUCGGCGUCCCAGAGCAUCGGCGAGUACGUCAGCAUCGCCUUCAAGGAGGAGGGUAACUACGGAGACGGACGGCGCGCGGCGUCCAAACACGGGCAGCCCGGGAGUCUGCGGCCGCUGAACCAGCCGUUGCUCUGCCACGACAACCCCGCCGUCCUGUCCCGCAGCUUCUCGGCGCCGCUCUCCACCUCCGCCGAGUACGUCAGCAUGGACUUGGGGAAAUCCUCGACACCGCUGACCCACGUCAGGUCCACGUUCAGCACCCUGCAGGCCUCCCCGGCGAUGGCGUCCAAGGUCCGGCACGAGCACGCCACCAGCUCCCCGCUGGUGGCGAAGGCCAACGCCGGGUACAGGCCCAAAAUGAAGAUGGCGGCGAUGCCGACGGACGGUUCUGACCCCAGCGUUCCCGCCGGACCGGCGGCCCGCUCCGGUCAGCCGCUGUCGAUGGAGCAAGAGGCUGGUCUGGGCUUCUCCCCCGUCAAGUCCUUCCAGUCGCCGGACAGGGGCAGCAGGCUGGGUCACCGCUCGGACGCGUUCAGCACGCCGCGCCACACAUCCUCCUCUACCUCCCUCUUCCUGGAGGGGAGCCAGGCGGCGGGCCGCCGGCAGGGUCCGGACGGCUCGCCGUGGGAAGGCUCGCAGGCGGCUGGCUCGUCUGCAACUCCUCCGCCAGGCUCCACCUCCUCCGCUGAACUGGGCCUUAACUACAUCGACCUUGACCUGGCCCUGAAGGACGGCCCCCCGGCGGGGGGGGGGCGCGGCUCUCCCGCCUACAGCAUUGCAGGGAGCGCGAUGGGCAGCGCCGCCGGCUCCGGCCUUAACACUUACGCCAGUAUUGAUUUCUUUAAGUCGGAGGAGCUGAGGACGAACCAGAGCAGCAGGAAGGACGGUCAAGACUGUUGAUUUCCGUGAGCGUGACGCCGGCGUGACGAGCUCCACGCUCGACCCGCGACGGGGGGGGGGCGUGGCCGGCAGCCCAGUCUGCUGCCACAACAGAACUCUCCACUGGAGUCUGAACACUGAAACCCUGGAAGUCUCAUCCCCAGUCUCGUCUGCCGUUUCCCGUCAACCAAAUGUGUGCCAAACACACACACACUCACACACACACAAGUUCACACACACAAACAAACACACACACAUACACGCAGCUACAGGGUAAGGAAAAUAUUUGAUUUAUUUGGCUUAUUUUGACUAAAAAUGACAUCUGAUCAUGAUGACAGCUUGACCCGGGAGGCUGUGGGUUUUGUUUCAUCGAUCGGCCGGCCUGCUCUUCUCUCCUUUUCCAGUAUUUAAAGAAGACUUUUCAGGGAAUUCGCAAAAAAAAUGGUUUUCCAUCUGUGGAUCUUGAUUUUAAAGCGUCUGGGUUCUCCAGGGUUGCCGUGGCAGCUGCUGCCAGUGGAUCCCGUUGUUUUUGCCUUUUAUGAUGUGAUCAGGUGCCAUUUUUACUCAAACUAAGAAGGGAAAACGCAGCUCAGCAGAGAUUUCCGACACACGCACACCCUGUCACUGUAAACAUAUUUGGUUUAUUUUAUAUAGAGAGUUGCCUCAAAACAGCUUUUAUACCUCUUGACCACUGAUCUUGUGCUACAGAAGUACUUCAAAAUGUGUUUCUCUGUCCGAGGAACUGAAGGAUGACGAUAAAACUGGCGUUUCAACGGGAAUCUAGAUGUACUGAAGUUUAUAAAAUUGUUUAGCACCUACCAUUAUGAAACUCAGUAUCAGAGCAUCUCUGUCGUAUUUUCUAUCUUCUGGAUUUACAAUGUGGAUUUUCAAGACUCAAUGGGAAGGUUGCAUCUUAUUCCGAAGCCAAAGUCGCCAUUUUUAUCAGGAACGCUUCAAAUGUUUAGUAACGGCUGCUAAAAGACCGGGCUGCAUCUACUGUUUGGCUCAAACACGGCAGGAAAAGCUGCAGCGUUCAACAAUCGUUUGAUGAAACUUAGUGCUAAAUCGUGCAGGGGGGGGGGGGGUGGGUGGCACACACAUGCACGCGCAUUCACACGCAUGCACAGCAAAAGGGAGAGGCCUAAUUACCAUAACAACCCGGUGAAUGUCAAAUUGGUGUCAGACAGGACAAUAAUUAGCUUGUGUGUAUGUAAAUGUGCUCACUGAGAUCUGCUUCAGGGACCCAAACCCAGCA